UCAACAUGGCGGCAUGUCGUCAGUGCUGUGCUGUGUCGUGGUGAGUUGAAAUUUUUGUAAAUUUUCGUAUUAUUAACAGCAAAACCACCCCAAAAACUUGUGUAACUAAGGAAACCUUCAAAAUUAGCAUAGAAAAUUUAAAGUAAACCAGUAUCAGCGCAACCACUGGCCUUGACAAAUUAUGAGCAUAACAGCACAAUACGCACCCAGCACGCAUUGAAGACAUCUGAGGAUUUUUUUAUUUAUAUUUCUGUUAUAAUUAAAUUUUGAGUGACUGUGGAUAGUAAUUUUUAUACAUAUUGGAUUGUUUUUCUAGUAACAUUGUAUAACAAUAUAUUAUUGUGAAGUUUGUUGAUCAUAUUGUACCUUUGUGACUUGGUUUCAAAGUAGGAGUGAUAAUUUUAUUAGUACGGUCUCGGCUGCCAUAAUUGACUUUGUGGGGUAUUUACAUAUACCACUAACCAUUCUGUGAUAUUCACUACACUUAAGAAACGAUAAGAAGUGAAAAGAUAAAUCAUUGUACUGAUAGACUAUGUCCACCAAUCCUCAGUGGAAAUCCUUCCAGCCGCCCGACACCAUGAGUCAAGAUUCUGCCAUCAUCGAUUUCAAACCUAUGACCAGCAACGGCAAAUCAUCUCAAGCAUUUAAUUUUACAAAUCGCUCCACGACAAAUUCACGGUUCGGGCAAGACUUUCCUUUGCUGCAGGACAAGUCGUCUUCAUUCAGCAACGGUCUGUACGGAUCAUCGAGUACAACACACACAAAUUCUCGUUUCCCCAUCGGCACGUUCUCCCUAGACUCGAACAACAUGUUCAAUAGUAGCGGGGACAGCACACUCACCAACAACGUUUUCUCCAAUGGUAACAACAGUAGCUACAACGACUCCAAUUCGUCGAAUCUGGGCACGAGAGAGACGGGCAUCAUCGAAAAGCUGCUGCACUCUUACGGAUUCAUUCAGUGCUGUGAAAGGCAGGCCCGUCUCUUUUUCCACUUUAGUCAGUUCAGCGGUAACAUAGAACAUUUGAAAAUCGGCGAUCCCGUUGAAUUCGAAAUGACAUACGACAGACGGACCGGCAAACCAAUAGCUAGUGCUGUGACGAAAAUAGCACCAGAAGUGGUGAUGAGUGAAGAAAGAGUAACGGGAACAGUAACAACCGAAGUGAGAGGUGAAGGUUCAGGGGGCGACACCACAGGCAGGAUCAGUUACGAGAACAGAGGGGAGUGUUUCUUUUUACCCUACACCAAAGACGAUGUGGAAGGGAAUGUGACGCUGAGAUCGGGGGACAAAGUCAGUUUUCAAAUAGCGACGAACAAUAGGGGUAAUUUGGGAGCGUGCCAUGUUCGACUUGAAAAUCCCGCACAUCCUGUAAAAUACCAAGGUGUUGUCUGUUCGAUGAAGGAGAGUUUUGGGUUCAUUGAGAGGGCCGAUGUUGUCAAAGAGAUAUUCUUCCACUUUUCCGAAGCCAAAACCAAAGAGGAAUUGCGGUUAGGGGAUGACGUCGAGUUCACCAUUCAAACUCGUAACGGUAAAGAAGUAGCCUGCAACAUAACCCGCUUACCACCCGGCACGGUGAUCUUCGAGGACCUCAAACCGGAAGUUCUCAAAGGCCAAGUAUUGAAACCAUUAGACCGAGGUCCGAAUGCGCGUCAUCAGACCGACGCUUUACCUGGGCGUAUUCGUUACCGUGCCCCUGAUCAUUCAGAAGUGGAAAUAUCGUUUGGCGAUAAAGACCAAAGGGGCGAUUUUACAUUGCGCCAUGGUGAUUGGGUGCAGUUUAAAGUCGCUACUGAUCGUCGAGAUGGACUUAACAGAGCCACUCACAUCUCGUUGUUGGACGAGAGCUUCCUGGUGUCGGGCGAGAAGAGAGAGCAAGGAGUGGUGGCAUCAGUGAAGGAGGGAUUUGGAUUUUUAAAAUGCGUAGAGCGAGAGGCCAGAUUAUUUUUCCAUUUCAAUGAGAUACUGGACGUGGACAGAGAGGUGGCGGUCAAUGAUGAAUACGAAUUUACCGUGGUUCAAGACCAAACGAGUACGUUUUCCAAUAGUCGACAAAGUGCCAUUAGAAUGAAGUGGUUGCCGCACGGAACGGUGCAGUUUGAGACGAGAGUAGAGAACAGCUUAACAGGGACCGUGUUGAAAGAAAUACCUCCUACUAUGUGGCUCAACCGAAGUCCAACCAAAAACCAAAACGGCGAACACACUCCCGAAUCUGGUUUAAUAUCUUAUCAAGUAAACGGCGUCAAAAAGACCAUUGCUUUCUACUCGAAAGAUUGUGAUAUGAAGCAUUACCCGAGACUUGGGGACAAGAUCGAAUUUAAUAUUAAUCAAGUCAAGAGAAACAAAGAGUUAAUAGCAGUUGACAUUCAAGUGGUGCAACAGGCUACGCAAACAAACGGGAUUAAACAUAGAAAUAGUAAUAACUGUCAGAUGUAUCAAGGUUUUGUAGCAGCGUUGAAGGAUGGCUUUGGUUUCAUUGAAACUAUUCAACAUGAUAAAGAAGUCUUUUUCCACUUCAGUAACUUCGAAGGCGACCCGAACAGCCUCGAACUGGGCCAAGAGGUCGAGUACAACUUGGGCAGCCGCGGUAACUCGGGCACCUGUUCUUCAGCCGAAAAUGUCAAAAUCAUCCCCAAAGGAACGAUCAACCUACCCCCUGUCAUGGGCGACGUUCUCGACGGCACUGUAGUGCGACCUCUGCGUUCGGUCAAUCCCGACCAGACGGAAUAUUCCGGACUGAUCCGCAUCAAAACCGAAGAUCCGGAAGAAAAACCGAUGGAGUACGAGUUCGGCAUCAUGGGCUUGGUGAACAAACGGGAAUUGCUGCAAAUGGGCGACCAUGUGCAAUUGCAGGUGGAUUCGACCGGCAGGGCCGCCAAUAUCGUGGCAGUUAGGAAAAAAUUGAGAGCUACAGUGGACGCCAUUAAGGGUCAUUUCGGUUUUUUGGCGUACGAAGUGGAGGAAGGGAAGAAAUUGUUCUUUCAUAUGACGGAAGUUAAAGAUAAUGUCAAUUUGCAAGUUGGCGACACUGUAGAGUUUGUAUUGGUGACAAAUCAUAGAAGCGGAAAGUCGUCUGCCUGCAGUGUUGUCAAAGUCAGUGACGUCCAAGCUAGACCGGAACGUCUCAUCAGCAGGCUACGCACAGUAUCCUUGGACGACACUGGUCCCAGAUUGAUGGUGGUUCGUCAGCCGAAAGGGCCCGAUGGGUCUAAAGGUUUUUCAUCAGAAGCACGUGUGGUACGUCUGCCGGGGAUCGUUGUCGAAUAACGAGAAAUAGUCAUUGAUUAAGUCAUUCUCAUUCAUGUCAUUCUACCGUAGCAACUAACUUACUCUUGUCUUAGCAGUGGAGUUGGCUAUACUGUAUUUUAUAUAAGUCCUACUACGUAUGGUUGAACAAUAUUUAUUAAAUUAUUGACGAAUUGCAAAA